CCUGCCUUAGCCCAGCCCCUUCUGGGAGCAUAAAUAAGCACUUCUGAGGAGAGCCACAAGCCCUGACAGAUCGCCUGGACCCAGCAUUCAGGUCCCCGGCAGAAGUCCUCAGGAUGAGAGCCGCCGUCCUCCUCUUCUCCCUGCUCCUCGCCACAGGGAGCCAGGCCAGACAUUUCUGGCAGAGCGAUGAGCCCAAGUCCCCUCUGGAGCAAGUGAAGGAUGUCCUAACUGUCUACAUGAAUACCGUCAAGGACACCGGCAAGGACUACAUGACUCAGUUUGAAACCUCCACCAUGGGCCAAGACCUGAAGAUAACAGAAACAAUGACUUCCCUGAAAGCAGCCUUGGACGCUUUCUAUGAGGAGAUUAACCCUACCUUCGAGGAAAUCAAGGAAACCAUCAUCAAGGAAACCUCGGACCUCCGCCAAGAGAUGACCAAGGGCUUGGAAGCAGUCAAGAAGAGUAUCGAUCCCCACCUGGAGGAGUUUCAGAAGAAGUGGGCCGCAGAUGUAGAAAAUUUCCGCCAGAGGGUAGGCCCACUGACCCAGGAUCUGAAGGACAGCACCAAGCAGAAGUUCGAUGAGCUGCACCAGAAGCUGAGCCCCAUUGGCAAGGAGAUUCGGGAUCGGGCCCAGGGCCACAUAGAAACCGUUCAGGAAUUUGUGAAGCCCUACCACGAGCAGAUCAAGACCAGCGUGAGCCAGAAGAUUCAGGAGCUCCGGGAGAAAGGCUUGCCCUCUCCCGCUGACUAUCAAACCAAGAUAACCGAGCAGCUCAAAGCCUUGAAGGAAAAAUUCUCCCCCAUCCUGGAGGACCUCAAAACAAGUGCUGACCCUAUUUCCCAGAAAGCCAAAGCCGAUAUUCUGAACUUCCUGGAGGAAGCCCGGAAGUCCUUGAGCAGCUCAUAAGGAUGCCACUCUCUGCCUUCCCUCAACAUGGCCUCAGUGACCAGCUCCAAUCCAAAUUACUCCCCCUUUUGAAGCUGUGGCUCACAGCUGGAUAGGGAGCCAGAGCCAAAAAUCAAAUAAGGGUUCCCGUGCAGGCUGUUACUAACCCCCACUUUCUACUCUUGCCAUCAGUGCUGCACAUGCGCUCCCCCCACUCCCCCCAGCUAUAUUCCUCUCUCUCCUUUGUUUCCCGUAUUUCUGGGAAUUCAGGGGAGUGAUGGAUUUGGAGAGGAGCCCAUGGAGACAAGGUGUCCCUAGGUGGGGGCAUGUAGAUGUAGGGGCGAGAGGGAGAAGGGAGUGACCAUCACUCCUGGCUCUUCAGUUCCCUUUCCUCCCCUUCCCAGGCUUGGUUCGUUUGGGGGGGUUUUCUUGAUUUUUCGGAAUAAAAGUGUCUAAGUUAUCAAGCAA